CCUCUUCCUCUCUCUCUGUAAGCGUAGUUCUUCCUGCAGUCUGAGCCUGAGAGCACUGAGCUCUCUCUCUCUCUCUCUCUCUCGCUCUCUCUCUCGCUCUCUCUCGCUCUCUCUCGCUCUCUCUCUCUCUCUCGCUCUCUCUCGCUCUCUCUCUCUGUGUCUUGAGUUGUGUUCUGACCAUGAGGACUCUCCAUAGGUUGAAGUUGAUGAGUUCCCCCAGCCUCAGUGACCUGGGAAAGAGUGACAAGGCAGCGUUGGAGGAGAGAGGGACACAGCAGAGAAAAGCUGCUAAUGCCACCUGGAACAGCAUCCACAAUGCGGUGAUAGCUGUGUUCCAGAGGAAAGACCUGGGAGAGAAUGACCUCUACAUCCUCAAUGAGGGAGUCAGGCAACUACUGAAGACGGAGCUGGGAUCUUUCUUCACCGAAUACCUCCAGAAUCAGCUGCUGACAAAGGGAAUGGUGAUACUGAGGGACAAAAUGCGUUUCUAUGAAGGUCAGAAGCUAUUGGACUCCUUGGCAGAGACGUGGGACUUCUUCUUCUGUGAUGUCCUGUCCAUGCUUCAGGCUAUCUUCUACCCAGUACAGGGUAAGGAGCCGUCGGUGCGGCAGCUGGCCCUGCUUCACUUCAGGAGCAUUAUCACUCUGAACAUCAAGCUGGAGGACGCCCUGUCCCGCCCCCGCGCCCGUGUCCCCCCCUCUAUCAUACAGAUGUUACUGAUACUGCAGGGUGUCCAUGAGUCUAAAGGAGUGACUGAGGAGUACCUGCGUCUGGAAGCUUUGGUUCAGAAGGUGGUGUCUCCAUACCUGGGAACCCACGGCCUCUACUCCAACGACGGAUCCUCAAUGCAAUACUCCUCCUGCGUACUGGAAAAGCGUCUGCAGCGGUGCUGGCCCAAGUCAGGCGACGCCCCCGUGAAGAACCUGGUGAUGCGCUCCAAGUCCUACAACGUGCCCAUGUUGACGCCUGUGGUGGAGUAUGAUACCGAGACAGGCUCCGUGAGCAGCAUGGGCAUCCGCCGCCAUUCUGUCUGCGAGAUGACUUCCUGUCUGGAAGAAGGCGCCAUCAACGACAUCAGCACCACUUCCUCCCUGGCCUCCGCGGCCCAGCCGGGCCUCUCCUCCCUGGAGCAGGAGCUCAGCCUGACAGGGGUUGUUUGUGGUGGAAGUCUGGAUCUCUGUGGGUCUGUGGGGUCUGAGUCUUUGGGGUCCCUACUCCAGCCCUCCAUCUUUCAGGGCUCUCACUCCCCAGGACCCUUCCUCCACGGCGGGGGGGAGUCGACGGUGUCCCCCUCUGUUCUGUGUCAGGUCCACUCUGGCUCAGAGACGGGGUCGAUCCCCAGCUGUUCCUCCAGCCCGGAGACAGUGGUAGAUCAGAUACUGGACUCUAUGGACUCUGACCCUGAUGGCAUCUUCAUAGACUUCUCCCUCCACAGCUGCUCAGACUCUUCAUCCUCUGAUUACAGCAGGGAGAGUGGUAGACAGAGUGUGGUGUAAUUUGGGGUUUUCUGGUAACUAAUCAGUUGGAUGAUCUUGUGAUUGCCUGCUUAUUCACUACUGAUUUCUGGAAAAUCUGUGACUAGUGAGAAAGUGUCUGGAGAUUUGCAGCCCUAGAGGUCUGAUGAAUCUCAAGGGAUUAUCACACGUACUGACACCAUCUGUACUCCACUCACACCGUCGUCUGGAAAAACACACCGCUCUUUCUGGGGUCUAUUUUUCAUGGAAUAUUUCUACAGUAAAAUCAUUUUUAUUAAAAAAAUGUUUUGCUUCAUUUUGAGGAUAAACUGUAUUUCUUUGUGUUUGUAUUGCUGAUGCUCAGUGACUCAGACAACUAACAGUCUGAGGUGUCUCUUCAGGUCUUGUGGAAGGAAACAGUCUGAGGUGUCUCUUCAGGUAUUGUGGAAGGAAACAGUCUGAGGUGUCUCUUCAGGUAUUGUGGAAGGAAACAGUCUGAGGUGUCUCUUCAGGUAUUGUGGAAAGGAAACAGUGGAAAGGAGAAGAGAUCAAUCAGACCUAGCUGAGCUCUCUGGGAUGACCCCACACCUGGGUGACCAGAGGUCAUGAGUUCAUUGCUUUCUCAACAUGUCUCUUGUUCAAGAGGCAGUGCUGGGGAGAGGAGAUAAGAUAGUGUUCACAUGUCUUCAUUUUAAGCAGUAGGUAUCAUGUAGGCCUGGGUGAUAUUUCUGCCACAGUAAUCUGUGGCUGGGCCUUUGUUUCUGCUUCAACAUCGCCACCAUGUGGACGGGAUGUGCAAGUGCCUGCUGCGCCAGAGUCGAAUCCACAAAGAGAUGUGUUUUGGAAUGUGAAGGAUCUGGUGGCUCAGUGGUAAGGAUCUCACCCCAUAAGCAUGGGGUCGUAGGGUAUGAUUCCUGACAAAGCCUGGAGGACUGUGACAACUGCUGGAGGUUUCCCCUCCUGUGAACAGCAGCAGUUAUGGGGGAAAACCUCUGGGAAAAGUAGACCUGUAGGUUUUAAAAAAAGAUCCAUUUGAAAAUGAAGGGUCUACUUUCUCAGAGGUUUAUGACCACAACACAUCCUGAUCCAGAGCUGUGACUUGAACCUACAACCCUGAACAUAUGGGGUGAGAUCUUUACACCAGAGCCCCAGACUCCUUCACACCUCUAAACUGUUUUCUUUGUCAUUUUCACAUUGAGAAUUGCUGAAAUGACCAAUAACUCAAACCUAAGAUUUGAACCCAUAACCUCUAUGGUUGAAGGUAGGAAAUGAACCUGAAAGCCACAGACUCUCACACUUCUAGCUCUUCUUACCACGAUCUAAAUAGCUAAACACAUGCCUUCUCUCAACUAAUGAUUUACUAAGAUCGUUUGUAUUCUAAAUGAACUUGUAUGACACAGCCAUGUACAAUUUAUGGCGUUGGUUUUAUGAUUUUCUAAAAACAAUGACACGUUCAAAUGUAUUGCCAUUAAUUAUUGUAGCAUUUGAUGGACAAGUCAUUCUGAUUUGAUCUCAUGAUUAUGUCAAACGGAACCUCAACUCAAACUUGACAUUUAAUGCAGAAUUUUUGUUGGUCUGUUCAAGAUUCUGGGCUUGAUUCAAUCCCGUAGUGCUGAAAAUCUGCUGUACAGUGUGAUUGAAAUUGUCACCUGAACCCUUCGGAAAGUAUUCAGACCCCUUGACUUUUUCCAAAUGUUCUUCAGUUACAACUUUAUUCUAAAAUGUAUUUGUUUUUUUUUCCCCUCAUCAAUUCACACACAAUACCCCCAUAGUGACAUCACAAUACCCCCAUAGUGACAUCACAAUACCCCCAUAGUGACAAAGCAAAAACCGUUAAUUUUUUUUGAAUGACAAAUAAAAAAUGACAUUUCCA